AUGAUGAGUAGUACUCAGUCCUCACACCCAACCACUAAACCUCUCUCUAUCUCACCAUCCUCGAGCUCAUUUGGGGAUAAAUUUCUAAAUCUUUUCUUUUCUUAAACCUUUUGUGCUUCGAAUCAAAACUUAAAAAAAUUGGUGGAAUCAGAGAAAUGGGUUUCUCAAAUUGGAUUCUCUCAGUCAUUUACGCAGCUACCGUUUUCGUAUCGUGCUCUUUUGCUCUCACUCUCGAUGGGUAUGCUCUUUUGGAGCUGAAAAGCGGAUUCAAUGAUACGAGGAACUCGCUAGAUAACUGGAGAGAUUCAGACGAGUCUCCUUGUUCUUGGACUGGUGUCUCCUGUAAUCCUCAAGACCAUAGAGUCGUUUCCAUAAACUUACCUUACAUGCAACUAGGAGGGAUCAUAUCUCCUAGCAUUGGGAAACUUAGUAGACUUCAGAGACUGGCUCUUCAUCAGAACAGCUUACACGGGACAAUUCCUGAUGAGAUCACUAACUGCACUGAACUCAGAGCUAUGUACUUGAGGGGUAAUUAUCUUCAAGGAGAGAUUCCACUGAGUAUCGGCAACCUCACCUUUCUUACUAUCUUAGAUCUAUCAAGCAAUACACUGAAGGGUGCUAUACCUUCUUCAAUUAGUCGUCUCACACGUCUACGCUCCUUGAACAUGUCAGCCAACUUUCUCUCUGGGGAGAUUCCUGAUAUUGGAGUGCUCAGCAGAUUCGGACUUGAAUCCUUCACUGGUAACUUGGACCUCUGUGGACCGCAAAUUCACAAGCCAUGUAGAACAUCAAUGGGUUUCCCUGUUGUUCUUCCUCAUGCAGUAAGUGAUGAUGAUGAAUCAGAUCCUCCAAAGCGAUCGUCACGCUUGAUCAAAGGCAUCUUGAUCGGAGCAAUGUCUACAAUGGCUGUUGCAUUCAUCAUCAUCUUUGUCUUCCUUUGGGUUUGGAUGCUCUCAAAGAAGGAAAGAACAGUAAAGAAGUACACCGAAGUCAAGAAACAGAAAGAACCAUCAGAAACAAGUAAGAAGCUGAUUACAUUCCACGGUGAUCUUCCAUACUCCUCCACCGAGCUGAUCGAGAAGCUGGAGUCUCUUGAGGAGGAAGACAUUGUUGGUUCAGGAGGGUUUGGCACGGUCUACCGAAUGGUGAUGAACGAUCUCGGCACAUUUGCUGUCAAGAAGAUAGAUAGGAGCAGACAAGGAUCAGACCGAGUUUUCGAGCGAGAGGUUGAGAUUCUAGGAAGUGUCAAACACAUCAAUCUAGUGAACCUGCGUGGAUACUGCCGCUUACCUACUUCAAGACUUCUCAUCUAUGACUAUCUAACUCUUGGCAGCUUAGACGACCUCCUCCACGAACGAGCUCAAGAAGAUGGUUUGUUGAACUGGAACGCGAGAUUGAAAGUGGCGCUAGGUUCGGCGAGGGGGUUGGCGUAUUUGCACCAUGAUUGUAGCCCCAAGAUAGUGCACCGUGACAUAAAAUCAAGCAACAUUCUACUCAAUGAUAAGUUAGAGCCUAGAGUCUCGGACUUUGGUCUUGCGAAGCUUCUUGUUGACGAAGAGGCUCACGUUACCACAGUGGUAGCUGGCACCUUUGGCUAUCUUGCUCCCGAGUAUUUACAGAACGGUAGAGCAACGGAGAAGUCUGAUGUCUACAGCUUUGGAGUUCUUUUGCUUGAGCUCGUUACCGGAAAGAGACCAACAGACACGACAUUCGUUAACAGAGGGUUAAACGUUGUCGGAUGGAUGAACACUUUGUUGAAAGAGGAUAGAGUAGAGGAUGUAAUGGACAAGAGAUGUGUUGACGUGGAUGAAGACUCUGCUGAGGCAUUGAUUGAGAUAGCUGCGAGGUGUACCGCUGCUAACCCUGAGGACCGGCCGGCUAUGAACCAGGUGGUUCAGUUGCUUGAGCAAGAAGUUAUGUCGCCGUCUUCUGCGGUUGAUUACUAUGAUGAUUCCCAUUCUGAUUACUGUUAGGGCGUAUGGGGAGGCUGAAAAGUAACCGGGGAAUCGACAAACCGGACCGGUUUGAUUUAUUAUCUGCUUUUGCAUUAUGAAAGUGGUUUUGCACCGAGGGACUCUGUUUUGUAAAUUAGAAUUUGAAGAUUAUGUGAUUGUGGUGCAUUGUUCUUGUGCACGUUAAGGUUUAGUAAUGAAAUGUUCUACUCUGCAGCACUGUAAGCACUGAGCAGUAGAGAUUUUUUUUUUUUAAAGCAGAGAUACUUGAGAGGUC